AUGGGUUUAUUUGGUAGUAAUAAACGAGAUAAACAGGAAAAAGUUGAAAAAGAUGAUUAUUACAAAUAUUCGUCAAAAAAUUAUCCGUCCGGAAGAAGUCCAUUUGUACCACCACAAGGUCCAUAUGGUCCACCAGCUCUACCACAAACACCACCAUCACCUUAUUUAAGUGGUGGCGGUGGUUACUACGGUGGAAAUGGUUACGGUUAUCCGAGUGAACGUGAUUUUCAAGGUUAUGGACAACAAAAAGUUAGUAAAUAUGGAAAAUAUAAAAAUCUUUAUACACCAGCCAUGGGUGAUAUGGGUAUGAUGUUACCACCAUCAGCAAUGGCACAAGCACAACAAGCAGCCAUGAUGCAAAUGCAACCAAUGUUACAACAGUACAUGUUACAAGGGGCAAAUGCUAACGGCAUGCCACCCGUAUUUGGUGGUGUUCUUCCACCAAUUACACUUCCAAUGCAAGCAGCACAACAAGCGGGUAUUCUGAAUGGUGCACCACAAUUUGCCGCAUCACCAUAUGGUCCAGCUAUGCAACAACCGAUGAUGAUGAGUCCUUAUGGUGCCACUGAUCCAAUGCAAGCUGCUGCUUUGGCACAAGCACAAGGCGCAUUCAAUGCGUAUCAAAGUUAUGCACCAGAAUAUCAAUUCGGUGGUGGUUAUGGCUCUCAUAUUGGUUAUAUGCCAGCAUUUUGA